AUGCCUGCAAUGGUUGCUGCUAGAGGUCCAUCAACGAGCCCACCAGCGCCUGCGCCUCCUCCGCACAAACGAUCAACAAAUUAUGGGUACUACAUCCCGAUGGAUGGUGGUGGAGAAGUCCAAGAUACCUAUCCGGCAGGCCUUGGAGAACCCAUAAACGUCAUCAUUUCUGCGUACUCUGAUUCUCAGGUGCUGCAGAACACUUUGGACAACGGUGGUCUUAUCAAUUAUUUUCAAUCAUUCGGGUUUUCGACCGAGUGUUUGGGACAGACUGACAGUAGCGAGCAAAUGGCUAACCUCGGCGACGGGAAUGGUUACUUAAACGAGACUGCUGUCAUUCGGUGGGACUAUGGUGAUGCCAACCUUGGGACUUGUCAGGAGACAGUUGAAGGAGGGAACCACUUUCGCUAUUGGAUACAAAAUGGGCAAAGCGCCGACUCAGGCGCAAUAUUUAUGGCAACUUCAUAUGAAAUGCCAAUCGCUGACUCGCAUAAUAUCAUAGUUAAUGGCUAUAACCUAGGUCGCGACUGGCUCGUGGGGAAUGCCACUUCUCAAUCGACAAUUCUUCCAACAGCAAACAUGACCGAUACGUCAACGUACUCUGGGCAAACUUCCUUUAAUAAUUAUACCUAUGCAACCACUGCAACGUACGUCUCUGGGCUGCUACAGAACACUAGCGAUGGUAUCAACCACUACCAGAGUGUCGCUGUCAAUGGACUAAAUGCGAUCGAUGGAUUAGUGGCGAUAUUAACCGUUAAGAUGGUCAACCAGCCCGGUAGUAGUAGUAGUUCAAGCGGUGCGGAAGGGAUAUAUCGUCCCAAAGGACUUUUGUGGACACUGCUUGCAAUGGGAUGCGCGAUACUCGUGUCGUCGCUCUAGAUUGAUUAUAGAUAUCCUCGAACAGUGAUUACACUGCACGAUAUUACCUCGGACUAGUUCAUGGACCACGAUCUUUAUUCCUAAACCCUGCCUGGAGCUAUAUUUCUGCAUAGGAUAUUUUCAUCUCUGAUCUCACCAGCUGGUCGAUACUCAUAUGUACAUAUCUGGUAUGCUUCCUGCACUUAUAAGUUCAGUGCUCAGACC